AUAAAUCUUGCAUCUAUUUAAAGAACCUAAUUUAUUACCCCGUCUCUCGAGCAUUCAACAGACAGUUAAUAAUUUUCGCCGUAGAUACUUGAAUUAUUCAGUUAGACAUUGAAUCUGGAUAACAGACAACUGUGAAAAUAGAUAAUGUCCCAGUCAGUGGGUUUUGCGUUACUGGUCUUAGCCGGCAUUACAUGUUCCGUCUCUGCCUGCUCGUGCGUACCUAGGACUGAUGAGCAAAAGUACUGCCAGGAUAAUUUUGCAAUUGUGUUUAAGACCAAGGACAAUGUAACAGUUGAAGGCGAUAUCAGAGUUUAUCAGGUGGAUUUCCUCGCCAUAUAUAGAACUGUGCCAGUUAAAAACUUAGAUACAAGUAAGAUAUAUACCGCUGUUGAAAGCGCCACGUGUGGAGUUACGUUUAUCGCAGAUUCAUACUAUGCUAUCACAGGGUAUUACAAUGUAACAUCUGGCCAGCCUACACGAAUACAAGCCAAUCUCUGUUCGCUAAAUAUGUAUUUUCCUUUUGACCCAAGGCGUAUAAUCGAGCCUCCUGAGUGUGAAACACCAGAUCCCGAGAAAGAAUAUGCUUAAGCUGAAUCGUAGAUGGGCAGCGUUGAAUGACGAAUGCGGAUCUGUUGAAUGACGACUUCUGGUACAACACGCACUUAACAAUUUGCAUUUGAUGAAAAUGAUUUUGUAGCAGAUGAUAUAAGCGAUGUGUUAUGAACAAUCUGGCAAAUAUAUAUAUAUAUAUAUAUAUAUAUAUAUAUAUAUAUAUAUAUAUAUAUAUAUAUAUAUAUAUAUAUAUAUAUAUAUAUAAUACUUAACAAUACGCAAGGGAAAACUAGACACAUAAUGCGAUAUAUACUUAACAACACAUAUACGAAAAAAAAACACGAUAAAUAUCGCAAAGCAAGCGAAAUAUACUUAACAACACCAGUUGAAAUACUAAGCAAAGUACAUAAUAUUUUAUACGUUUCUUAAUUCCAAUGAAACGCAAAUUCUUAUAAUGUGUUCAUCUAGAUUCUGAUAUUCAUGCUUUGGCAUUUCUGUUGAUUAAACUGU